AUGAGUCACACACCACCUCCUCUCAUCCGCCCUGUCCUUCGCGCAAGCGACGACGCAUCAAUGGGUUCCAACACCAACCUUCCUCACAUCAAGCUCGCCGAUGCCCCGCCACCUUCGGCAAGCUCCGGGUCCUUCUCACCCACCUCUCCCAACCCGCCCGCCGGCAUCCUGAGUACGACCCACACCCCACGCACAUCCAUCUCGGGGCCACCGGGCUCGUCGGGUUGGAGCAAUGUUGGUUUCCCCCGCACCCACACGGACAGCAUGAGUGUCGACGGCGGAAAGUACCGCAAGAAGGUGGCAUUUGAGACGUUUGACGACCUACCAGACACGCUCUUCACGUUUACCGCACAGGCAAAGAGCGAGGGAUACAAGCGCUCGCGCAACACGCGCGUCUUUCUCGUCGCCGUAAGCCCAGACGAGUCGGGCGAGUACGCACUCGACUGGCUCAUGAGCGAGAUGGUCGAGGAUGGCGACGAGGUUAUUGCCAUGCGCGUAAAGGACAUCUCCGAAUCAGAACGCCACACUGAGAGUGCGCACGAGGAGCUGCGUGAAGAGGCGCAGAACCUCCUCCAGACCGUCUUGCACAAGAACGACGAGGAGUAUGGACGCAAGAUAUCCGCCAUUGUUGAGAUUGUCGUCGGGCCCAUCCCAGACAUGAUCCUCAAGAUGAUCGCGCUGUACCGCCCAGACUCCCUCAUCGUUGGAACAAAGGGCCAGCGCUCGCGCCUUGCCAACUGGUCCAAGGCCUUCUCCGCGCCGGGCAUGGGCAGCAUCUCACGCUUUGCCAUCUCUCACUCCCCCAUCCCGGUUGUCGUUGUGCGCCCUGUCCGCAAGGUCAAGAAGACACUAGACAAGCGCGAGGCGGCUGGCAAGAGAGGGCAGUACUCGUCGCUCGUGGGCGACGACGACCUCGUUCUCUCCCGCAGCCGGAGUCGUGAGCGCUCGCGCUCGCGCGACCGCCGCUCGGUCGAUCUCAGCCGCCAUAUAUCCCGUGACCACUAG